UCUCGCACUUUACUUCACAAAUCCAAAUCACGAAAUGAAGUAUUUUAACCUCACUUCCAUCUCCUUUUGUCUGUUCUGUUUGGACACCAACGAGCCCAUGGUCUCCUCUGCCGCCAUUAAUUACGUCAACCUUCUUCACCCCAAUCCUCACAAAUGGCUGCUCCACCGAGGCCGACCAACCAUUCACGGCUGCCGACCAACUAUAAACCUCGGCCUGCUCUUCAGUCUGGGGUCCUCCGCUUCUUCUAUCAUCCGAAGGAGAAUGCUUCGCCUUCUCCCGAUCAGUGCUGCCGAAAUCUAGGGUUACGGUUCGGAUCGCUUCUUGUUGCCAUCGUAGAAGAUGUCUGCCGCCAUUCUUACCGUCCUCAUGAUCGCAUCGCUCUUGCCUAUCUCUGAGUCGGGGUGCACGAGGGUUUGCGACCUCGCUAUUGGAUCGUACUACGUCCCCCCCAAUCUCAAUCUUUCCUACAUUUCCGCCCUAUUCGGCAUUUCAUCCUACGAUGAGAUACAGCCUUACAACCCUGCUAUUGUCAAUAGAAACAGCAUCCUUUCCGGGUCAAGAAUUAAUGUUUCAUUUCCCUGCAACUGUAUCGACGGCGGCUUUCUGGGCCACACCUUCACGUAUGUGAAAGUUGGAAAUGAGACGUAUGACCGGAUUGUCACUGAUUACGCUAAUCUUACUACUUCGGAUGGUCUAUCGAAGGUUAACGGUCAUCCGCUCACGAGGAUUUCUGAUAGGGGGAGGAUUAAUGUGACUGUUACUUGCUCUUGCGGAAACCAGUCGGUGUCGCUGGACUAUGGGCUGUUUGUGACGUAUCCGCUGAGAGCUGGAGAUAGCCUCGAAUCGUUGGCGGACGGCUAUGGAUUUUCGGGGAAGGAGGAGCUGCUACAGAGGUUCAAUCCUGGCAAGAAUUUUAGUGCGGGGGAAGGCAUUGUGUUUAUUCCAACCAAAGAUCCAACAGGAAGCUAUCGCCCUCUUAUUUCAAGCAACACAUCUGGAUUAACAGGCGGAGCUUUAGGUGGAAUAUGUGUAGCUGGAGCGGUUGGAUUUCUGGUGGCUAUUUGCUUCUCUUGCAGGUUUUGUAGGACAAAGAAAGCAAGCACCCCUGCAUUGCCUGCACUGCAAUUUGACAAUAACACAAAUAUGCAUGCAAAUGCUUCGGCAUCUGCAACAGACAGAAGUCAAGAGCUGAUUCCCAGUAUUGGUACACCAUUCACAGGCAUCACUAUUGAUAAAUCUGUGGAGUUUUCUUAUCAAGAGCUGGCUAAGGCUACUAAUGAUUUUGAUUUGUCUAAUAAAAUCGGCGAAGGUGGAUUUGGUGCUAUUUACUAUGCCGAGUUAAGAGGAGAGAAAGCUGCUAUUAAGAAAAUGGAUACGCAGGCAUCUAAAGAAUUCCUCGCUGAACUCAAAGUUUUAACACAUGUCCAUCACUUGAAUUUGGUGCGGCUGAUUGGCUAUUGCACUGAGAGAUCGUUGUUCCUUGUUUAUGAAUAUAUUGAAAAUGGCAACUUAAAGCAACAUUUACGUGGGUCCAGAGGGAGAGAUCCCCUGCCUUGGUCUGCUAGAGUGCAGAUUGCCCUUGAUGCAGCGAGGGGGUUGGAGCACAUUCAUGAGCAUACUGUUCCAGUAUAUGUCCACAGGGAUAUCAAAUCGGCAAACAUUUUGAUUGAUAAAAAUUUUCAUGGAAAGGUUGCAGACUUCGGAUUGGCAAAACUCACAGAAGCUGUGAGUACAUCAUUGAUGACUCGUCUGGUUGGAACAUUUGGCUAUAUGUCUCCAGAAUAUGCCAAGUAUGGUGAUGUUUCUCCCAAGGUGGAUGUGUACGCUUUUGGCGUUGUACUUUAUGAGCUGAUUUCAGCCAAAGAAGCUAUAGUAAAGUCUAAUGAAUCUGCUACUGAAUCCAAAGGCUUGAUAUCUCUGUUUGAAGGCGCUCUUAAGCAAGAGGAACCAAUGGAAGAACUUCGGAGCCUAGUGGAUGCUAGGCUUGGCGACAACUAUCCAAUUGAAUCCGUGCUGAAGAUGGCCCAGCUUGCCAGAGCUUGCACCCAGGAAAAUCCCCAGCUGCGGCCUAGCACGAGAUCUAUUGUAGUUGCACUAAUGACUCUAUCCUCCCCCAAUGAGGAGUGGGACAUGGGAUCCUUCUAUGGGACCCAAACCCUUGUACAUCUCAAUCCUGGAAGGUAAAAUCCUGUCUUAUUUUCCCCCUCCCUGAUCUCAACUGAAAUUUGUAAAUUUGUAAAGCUGAGACUUUGCCGGCUUUAGUAGCUUUCUGCCAAUCAUUGAAGUUGGUGAUUGGUAUGUAAAGCUUAUGAUGGUUAGUUAGCUUGCUUGCUUUGGCCCUUCCAAAAGUAUCCUAUUUGUAUAAUCCUAAUGUA